GAGGAGAACGUGGCCACGUUCCGAGGCUCAGAGUACUUCUGCUACGACUUGUCUCAGAACCCCAUCCAAAGCAGCAGCGAUGAAAUCACGCUUUCCUUCAAGACCUGGCAGCGCAACGGGCUCAUCCUGCACACGGGAAAGUCCGCCGACUACGUCAACCUGGCGCUGAAGGAUGGAGCCGUCUCCCUGGUCAUCAACCUCGGCUCUGGGGCGUUCGAGGCCAUCGUGGAGCCGGUCAACGGCAAAUUCAACGAUAACGCCUGGCAUGAUGUCAAAGUCACACGCAAUCUUAGACAGGUCACCAUUUCAGUGGACGGCAUCCUUACCACCACAGGAUACACACAGGAGGACUACACCAUGCUGGGCUCCGAUGAUUUCUUCUACGUCGGAGGAAGCCCGAGCACUGCCGACUUACCCGGGUCGCCCGUCAGCAACAACUUCAUGGGCUGCCUAAAAGAGGUCGUCUACAAGAACAACGACAUCAGACUGGAGCUGUCUCGACUUGCACGCAUCGUGGAUCCCAAAAUGAAAAUCCAGGGAGAUGUUGCUUUCAAGUGUGAGAACGUCGCCACUUUGGAUCCGAUCUCCUUCGAAACACCCGAGGCCUACAUCAGCCUGCCAAAGUGGAACACCAAGCGCAUGGGCUCCAUCUCCUUCGACUUCCGAACCUCCGAGCCCAACGGUUUGAUUCUGUUCACCCACGGCAAGCCGCAGGACAGGAAGGUGUCAGGGAGCCAAAAGAACACUAAGGUGGACUUCUUUGCGGUGGAACUCUUAGAUGGAAGCCUGUACCUGCUUCUGGAUAUGGGCUCGGGCACCAUCAAGGUCAAAGCCACGCAGAACAAGGUGAACGACGGGACCUGGUACCACGUGGACAUUCAGAGAGACGGACGAUCAGGUACCAUAUCUGUAAACAGUCGCCGUACCCCGUUUACAGCCAGCGGAGAGAAUGAGAUCCUGGAUCUGGAGGGUGACAUGUAUCUGGGUGGGCUUCCAGAGAACCGUGCAGGCCUCAUCCAGCCUACCGAGCUCUGGACCGCCAUGCUUAACUACGGCUAUGUGGGCUGCAUCAGAGACCUGUUUAUUGACGGACGCAGUAAAGACAUUAGGCAGAUAGCCGAGGCACAGAACGGCGCGGGCAUAAAACCCUCCUGCAACAAGGCUUCAGGGAAGCAGUGUGAGAGCUACCCAUGCAAGAACAAGGGAGUGUGUAAAGAGGGCUGGAACAGAUUCAUCUGCGACUGUACUGGAACCGGAUACUGGUCUCGUACCUGUGAGAGAGAGGCGUCCAUCCUGAGCUAUGAUGGCAGCAUGUACAUGAAGGUGGUGAUGCCCACUGUGAUGCACACCGAGGCUGAGGACGUGUCACUACGCUUUAUGUCUCAGAGGGCUUACGGCCUGCUGAUGGCCACCACGUCACGUGACUCGGCUGACACUCUGCGCCUGGAGCUGGACGGCAGCCGGGUCAAACUCACCGUCAACCUAGACUGUAUCAGGAUUAACUGUAACUCCAGCAAGGGACCAGAGACACUGUAUGCUGGACAAAAACUCAAUGACAAUGAGUGGCAUACGGUACGGGUGAUCCGGCGCGGUAAAACCUACAAGCUCACAGUUGACGAUGACGUAGCUGAAGGUCAGAUGGUGGGUGACCAUACACGUCUGGAGUUCCACAAUAUUGAGACUGGCGUAAUGACAGAGCGCCGCUUUGUUACGCACAUACCGUCCAGCUUCAUUGGCCACCUGCAGAGCCUCAGGUUCAACGGCCUGCUGUACAUCGACCUGUGCAAGAACGGCGACAUUGACUUCUGUGAGCUGAACGCACGAUUUGGCAUGAGGUCCAUCAUCGCCGACCCGGUUACCUUCAAGGCCAAGAGUAGCUACCUGAGCCUGGCGACACUGCAGGCCUACACCUCCAUGCAUCUGUUCUUCCAGUUCAAGACCACCCUAGCUGACGGCAUCAUCCUCUUCAACAGUGGUGAUGGCAGUGACUUUAUCGCUGUGGAGCUGGUGAAGGGGUACAUCCAUUAUGUGUUUGACCUUGGUAAUGGUCCAAACCUCAUUAAAGGAAACACUGAUCGAGCUCUGAAUGAUAACCAGUGGCACAAUGUGGUCAUCACCAGAGAUAACAGCAACCUGCACACCCUCAAAGUAGAUGCCAAGGCUGUGAGCCAGGUCGUUAAUGGUGCCAAAAACCUGGAUCUAAAAGGUGAUCUGUACAUUGCUGGUCUGGGGCCGAACAUGUACAGCAGCCUUCCCAAACUGGUAGCAUCGAGGGAGGGCUUUAAGGGCUGCCUGGCAUCGGUGGACCUAAACGGUCGUCUUCCUGACCUGAUAAACGACGCUCUGUUUCGCAGCGGACAGAUCGAGCGUGGAUGUGAAGCAUCGAAAAGUGAACGUCCUAGCAACACAUGCCAGGAGGACUCCUGCGCCAACAUGGGCAUCUGCAUCCAGCAGUGGGAGAACUACACCUGCGACUGCUCCAUGACCUCCUACACCGGCACGCAAUGCAACGACCCUGGAACAACAUAUAUAUUUGGGAAAGGAGGGGGUCUGAUCACCUUCAACUGGCCAGCUAACGAGCGACCGAGCACACGGACGGACCGGCUGACCGUGGGCUUCAGCACCUCACUUAAGGAUGGCAUCCUGGUGCGCAUUGAUAGCGCCCCGGGUCUAGGCGAUUACAUCAUGCUCCACAUUGAGCAAGGUAAAAUCGGUGUAACGUUCAACAUAGGUACAGUCGAUAUCGUGGUGCAAGAGACCAGCAUGCCAGUGAACGAUGGCAAGUAUCACGUGGUACGAUUCACACGUAAUGGGGGCAAUGCAACACUUCAGGUGGACAACUGGGCGAUUAAUGAGCACUUUCCUUCAGGCAACAACGAUAAUGAGAGGUUGCAAAUGGCAAAUAAGAAAAUCCCAUUCAAAUAUCACCGGCCUGUAGAUGAGUGGCUACAAGAGAAAGGACGCCAGUUAACGAUCUUCAACACACAGGCCACUAUCUCCAUUGGGGGCAGAGACCGCAAGAGGCCGUUUCAGGGUCAGCUCUCAGGUCUCUACUAUAACGGCCUCAAGGUGCUCAACAUGGCUGCUCAGGGCAACCCCAACAUCCGCAUCAAUGGCAGCGUGCGCCUUGUGGGGGAUGUGCCCGCCUCUGGGUCGGCCCGCACCACGGCCAUGCCCCCGGAGAUGUCCACCACGUUCAUCGAAACCACCACCACCAUGUCCACCACUACCACCAGAAAACACCGCUCACCACCUACAAUAUCGAGCACAGACGACAUCGUAACGUCAGCGGAGUGCUCCAACGACGACGAGGACCUGGAGGAGUGCAACCUGGAGCACACAGAUCCCUUAGAACUCCCUCCUGUAGCUACACGUGCACCCUUCAUCCCUCCCUCCCCAACCCUCCGCCCCCCCCUCACCAUUAUUGAAACCACCAAAGAGUCCCUGUCCAUGGCCACUGAGGCGGGCCUGCCCUGCUUGUCGGACCAAGGCAGCGAUGGUUGUGAUGAUGGUGAUGAUGAUGAUGAUGAUGAGAGCUUGGUGAUAUCUGGGUAUGGCUCUGGGGAAGCGUUUGACUCUAACCUGCCCCCUACCGAUGAUGAAGAUGUUUACACCACCUUCUCCUUGGUCACAGAUAAGACCUUGUCCUCGCCGGCCUUUGAAGGUGGCUACAAAGCUCACGCGCCUAAGUGGGAAGCCAAGGACUUUAGACCUAACAAAGUCUCCGAGCAUGGUAGAACUUCCACCGCCACCGCCGCCGCACCCGCUGCACCGCCCAAACGGCCCGCUGGCAAAAUGAAUAACCGAGAGCUUAAACCCCAACCUGAUGUAGUCUUGCUUCCAUUGCCCACAUCCUAUGAGGUAGACCGCAGAAAGCCGAAGAGCCCAUUAAUAACCUCCCCCAUGUUCCGUAAUGUACCCACAGCGAUCCCGACGGAGCCGGGCGUCAGGCGCGUCCCCGGGGCCUCCGAGGUUGUCCGGGAAUCUAGCAGUACCACUGGAAUGGUCGUCGGGAUAGUUGCUGCUGCGGCUUUGUGCAUCCUUAUCCUCCUGUACGCCAUGUAUAAGUACAGAAACAGGGACGAGGGGUCUUACCAAGUGGACGAGACACGCAAUUACAUAACCAACUCAGCGCAGAGCAACGGUGCGGUCGUAAAGGACAAGCAGCACGGCUCGAAAGGCAGCAACAAGAAACAGAAAAACAAGGACAAGGAAUAUUACGUCUGAGGGCUGCAAAGAGACACUCGGGAGCUGCACUUAGAGAGAGAGAGAGAGAGAGAGGAGCUGACUUGGCACUGUGCCGAGGCGCUGAGCACUUACAUACAUGAACUGUAAUAUAAAGCACACUAUUGUAAGCAUACCAAGAUGGUAAAUAGCAACAUUAGUGACCUUCAAUCUGGUCGAUGGCGUUAUCAGUGUAGAAUACUUUACAGCUACAUCAAUAUCCUUACAAGUGACUUCGAAAAAAUGUGAUCCUUGGCAUUUUUUUUGUAAUCAUGUAAAAAACAAAAAAAAAUUAAACGAAAGAGGAGAAAAUUAUUCUGGCCAUUGCAAGCAUGUAAGCGACACGUAGUGUUGGCAUCUUGAGUGUGGGACUUUAGAAAAAAUAUGUACGAAUGAGAAUGAUGGACUCCUGCCAAAAGAUCUAUAAAUAUAUAUGAAGAAUUUGUAUUGUUUAUACAUUAUAUGUGGUGUAAAUUUUUUGCUCUCUGCAAAAGAAAAGAGAUCUAUGUAGUACAUUAACUGCAGAGGACAGCAGACUGAUGCUCUCGCAGCGCUGUUAUCCGAACUCGACCAAAUUAUUUGAAUUUUACGACCGACUGUGACAUUUAAAAAUUUGUGAAUUGAGAGAAGUGGUGAUUUUUUUUCCUGUCUCAGUAAAGCGACUGAUUGUAAUAAUGCAUGCCAUCUUUACACUGCGAUGUAUGACGUUCAGCCCAGGUUGAACAGAUCUGCCAGACCAGGCGAUGAUUCAUCAAACACAACCUUCAGAUCCCCUCAAAGUGACAACAAUGACUAAUGUCUCUGGAAUAAAAAAAAAGAAAAAAAAAUGAAAGAAAUCUUACUUUUUUUCAGAGGCCAGCGCCGGUUUGAUCUUUGAGAUCAUGAUGUAUGUCGGUCCACUUCCUCUUGUUCUCUUUUUUAUAAAGCUGUCUGGUGCACAAUGGCACUCUACUAUAACGCUGUUACGGAUGUCUAUUCGGAAAAUAAACCUAACGUGAAAAGUGUGAAUUCUA